AUGGUGGCAAGAGGCAAGGUGGAAGAGUCAAGACACGACCGAACGCGUGCCGCCUUGUCAGCCGAGCUGCACAGCCACACAAUCCCGUUCUUCACCUUGCCUUCAUUAUUGCGAUCUUACUACGCCCACGUUCCCGUUACUUCCAUCAUCAAACCACACAAAUCUCAGUAUCGCAUGGUGGAGUCCCUCGAGGAUAAAUCCAGGAGUGUACAAGAGCGUACUUUCUGCAAAUGGUACCGAAACAAUCUGUCGAGUUCGGACACCUUUCGCUUACCGCAUCGAAGGCUCAACACAAAGCUUGAAAUGGCCGGCUACCCACCAAUGACAUCCCUGGUCAGAGAUCUGUCGGACGGCGUACGCCUGAUUCAGCUCAUGGAAAUCAUGGGCGAUGUCAACCUCGGGAGAUACAAUAAGUCACCACGCAUGCGCGUUCAAAAGGCAGAGAAUGUUAGCAAAGCUCUGGACUUUAUUACAUCCAGAGGUGUGAAACUCAUGAACAUCGGACCUGAAGACAUUGUGGAUGGAAACAUCAAGCUCAUCCUAGGCAUGAUUUGGACACUCAUCCUACGUUUUACGAUUGCGGACAUUAGUGAAGAAGGUCUCUCCGCCAAAGACGGUCUCUUACUGUGGUGUCAACGCAAGACAGAACCGUAUAAAGAAGUCGAUGUCCAAGAUUUUUCCCUCAGCUGGUCGGAUGGGCUUGCAUUAUGUGCUCUCAUUCAUUGCCAUCGACCUGAUCUAUUGGACUACGAUAGACUUGACAAGUCAGAUCGACAUGGGAAUACUAGGCUAGCAUUCACAGUUGCCGCUCAACAUUUAGGCAUACCGCAACUUCUAGAAGUCGAGGACCUUUGCGAUGCUUCGCGGCCAGAUGAGAAGAGUGUAAUGACCUAUAUCGCCAGCUUCUUCCACGCUUUCUCUUCAAUGGACCAGGCCGAAACUGUCUCACGACGCGUAGAAAAAUUUGCAGAGCUCAUGCAAUCAGUUUGGGUCUCGCGCAAUGACUACGAGAGGCGUGUCCGUCUUUUGCUGGUAGCUCUAUCAGAGAUACAGACGAACUGGGCUGCGAGCGCAUUUACUGGCACUUACCCUGAUGCAAAACAUCAUUCAAAUGAUUUCAACGCGUAUAAGCAGACCACGAAGCGGACGUGGGUCGUUGAGAAGCAGGAUGUCGCGACACUCUUCGGGAAUGUUCAAACCAAGUUACGAACGUAUGGCUUGAGGGAGUAUGUUCCACCCCCGGAAUUGACAUUAGCUGAGGUGGAUGCUGCAUGGACCUCCUUGCUUGCCUCAGAAGCGAGAAGAUCGCGGGCGAUAAAUGCACAAAUUAGGCAAAUCAAGGAGCGAUUGCGCAAGUCAUUUGCGGACCUUGCCAACGAUUUUGAGCAUCGGUUGAGGACCAUCUCUUCUGCUCUGGCUGCGCUGGAGGGGCCAUUAGAAGUACAACAACAACGCGUUGAAGAGAUCAAAACGCGACUACCGGCUGUCUCCGAAGAUCUUGCCAAGGUUGCGGCUGCAGAAGCAGAAUGCAACGCCGCUAAUGUGGAAGAAAAUGACUACACAGUUUUCACUUGUCAGGAUCUCGAGUUCGAGCUCGAAUUGGUGGAGCAGAGUAUUGCGAAAAAGAUGGCCUUCAUAGACAACCAGAUCGUUUCAAGGAACUUGACCAAUCUAACGCCAGCACAACUGGAACAAUUUGAGAGCACAUUUAGAUACUUCGACAAAGACGAAACGAACACACUCAGCCAAAGUGAAAUGGCCGCAGCGCUUGCUAGUCUUGGGAUCGUCUACUCUGACGAAGAUUUGGACUUCAUUUUCGAUCAACUUACAAGCGACUAUGGUGCCAUAAACUUUGAGGCAUUUAUUAACCUUUUGGUGGAUAUUACGGAGGAUCAGACAUCUCCCGAACAACUACGGGAGGCUUUCCGUGGUAUUGCGGCAGACAAGGUGACACUGAGCGCGCCAUAUGUUACGGAGCUGGACCUCCGACUACACCAUCUACCUGCUGCGUCUAUCGAAUACUUGAGCGAGGUGAUGCCGCGGGCGCAGAAGGAUAGCACUGCAGGAGACGCAGAGUACUACGACUAUGAGCUAUGGCUUGAUAAUGUCUCGAAUCAGGUACAGCCACACACCCUACCUUCCCCCCACCAACUACCGACCAUGGCCUCCGGCGUUACCGUCAACCCUGACUGUCUGGAUCAGUUCUCUGUGUUGAAGCUCAAGAAAACGUUCAAAUACAUCAUCUUCGCGCUCAACAAGGAGAACACAGAAAUCGUGGUCGAGAAGACGUCCGCCUCCCAGGACUACGAAGAAUUCAUUAAAGACCUGCCCGAGACCGAGUGCAGAUGGGCGAUAUACGACCUGGAGUUUGAGAAGGAGGGUGGUGGAAAGCGAAACAAGAUCGUAUUCUACUCCUGGUCGCCCGACGAUGCCAAGGUUAGAGCGAAGAUGGUGGCAGCUUCGUCGAAAGAUGCCUUGCGUCGCUCAUUGGUGGGGAUCGCGGUUGAAGUUCAGGGCACAGACUUCAGCGAGAUUGCCUACGAAGUCGUCCUUGACAAAGCCAACAAAGGCGCAUGA